AAAAAAAAAAAAAAAAAAAGAAUGAGCCUAAAAAACAGUGAGAAAAAUAAAGAGAACGCUCAAACGCAAAAUUUAAAUUACCAAAAAGUAGUAUAAGCUACGAGUUAAAAGCCCAAAAACUUCUAUUACUUCACUAUUGUUAAAAACUGGGGUAAAUUAUCCUUUAAAUCUCAUAUAAAUAAAUGCCAAAUUCUUUUUCAUUUCCAUUUUCUGUUUUCCAUUAUUUAUUACUUUAAUAUCAUUUUAGAUUUUUUCAACCUUUGUUCAUAUUAUUUUUAUCAUUUCAUAUUAUACUAACGUGUAUACCCAUUCUUUCAUAACUAUUUCACAAUGGAUUUCACUGGUACUCCAUCCGCUACUCUUAUCGGUAGUAGUAAUUCUCCCUCUCAUCAACAUUUGAAUGGUAAAGGUGAUUAUGACAUAUUAGAUAUGGUGACAGCUGAUAUGGAUUUCGAACAAGCUUAUUUAAUGUAUAAUUCACUUCAACAAAAGCAAGCUAUAAAUUCAAUGGAACAAUUGGAAAAAGUUCAAAUGUUGAAUCAAAAUUACGUUACUGAAUUUUCUCAUCCUGUUGAUCUUCAACAUGAUAGUAGUUCAUCAUCUACUACUACAUUUGAUUAUCAUAGAUCACAAAUAUUAAAUAAUAAUAAUUCAAAUCAUAUUCAAUCGAGUAAUCAACAUCAUAAUCAACAACAACAAAUGGAAGAUGAAUAUGAAGAUGAAGUUGAAGAAGAGAAUCAAUUUGAUCAAUUCUUCUCCAAUACUGAAUCAAAUGCUUUGGAAAUCUUUUUAGAUAACUUGACCAAUACUGCCAAUCCUUUACAAUUUUAUAAUACAGCUGCUCAUAAUCCAGAAAUUCCUUUAUUUGAUUUACAUACUAUGAAACAGCCAACUUAUCAUUCUCAACCACAUCAGCAACAACCACAACAAGUACAACAUCAACAUCAGCAACCUCAUCAAUUAACUGCUGCUAGACUCGAACAUGAAAACUUGAGACAAGAGUUAACUGAUGCUUUCAGUCAUCCAUCAUUGAAAUCAAUGAGUCUUUCAGGACCAACUACUUUAACCAACAACAACAACAGUCAAUUACCAACCCCAGUCGAUUCAAGACAAUCAUCCUAUUCCAAUACUGGGUCUCAUAUCUAUGUUAAACAACAUCAACAACAAGUAUUCCCAUCUGGAAUGGAUACUCAUAAUUUCAACAAUAAUAACGAUGAAUUUGAUGAUGAAGAUGAUGAUGAAGAUGAUAGUAAUAAUGAUGAAGAGAUGUUAACUCCACCUGCUAGUGAUGUUGAAGCUAGAAAACUUAAAAAUUCAAGUUCAGUAAUAAAUGGAACUCCAAUAAAAAAGAAGAGAAGAAGUUCAACCAAACCUUUAUUAUCAAUUGAACAAAAAAGAUUAAAUCAUUCCCAUUCUGAACAAAAGAGAAGACAAUUAUGUAAAUUGGCUUAUCAAAGAUGUUUAGAAUUGAUUAUUGAUAUCGAUGCUUUUAAUAAAUUACCUGAGCUUAAUGAAGCUGAACGUAAAUCAAAAAGAGCAAGAAUUAAUAAAGAAGGAUUACCUAACUUAUCAAAACAUAAUGCUUUGGUAAGAAUCAGUAAUGAAAUGUUAUUGAUUAAAGGUAUGAAUGAAAAGUUAAGAAGCUUGAUUGAACAUCAAUAAAGCUCUCUGAACUAGAUUAAGAAUGGUUUAUAAAAGAUGGUUUAACAACAGGUUUGGGUGAAAUUAUUUUCUUCAGGUAUUUAUUUUCUUUUACUUUUCUUAUUAAUAUUAUUAUUAUUAUUAUUAUUAUUUACUUAAUUUUUCCUUUCAGUUCAAAGUCUAAUAGAUAUAUAAAAACAGAUUUCAAUUUCAGUUAUGGUUUCCAACUUUUAACAGAGUAACUCUAUCAAAUGUUUAUACUCCCAUUUGAUUUGGUUAUAGGUAAAAUCUUAUUUAUUAUUUUUGCUGUUGUAUAGCACCC